AAUAGUUAAAGUUCGUCACUAAGGAAGUUUCAGUUGUGAAAUUAAUAAACAAAGUAAAGAUUUUUUUUUCUGUAAACUUAAUCUUAUUUUUGAAAGCUUUAUAAAAUCUUACAACUAUCGCGUGUCUUUGUGAUACUUUUAAGAGUAUUAGUGAACAAGUUCUUAUGUAAUAUCAAUCAUGAAAGGAGUAUUUUCAUUUUUUGUCGUGGUUGCUCUUGCCUUGUUAAAUGGCAGACCAGCUAAUGCUAUACCGGUAAUAACUACUCUUUCAACAGCGGUCGAAGUUGUUUCAUUCGGAAUAGACGUUUACUCGUUUUUGAGUUCAAUAAUAGAAAAAGAAGGCGAAUAUCAAAGUACUCCGGCACCUUUCGAGUAUGACAGAAUAAUAAACAUGAUAUCGGAAAGAAUUGAGUCAUCGGAGGAAACUAUUGUAUUUAAAAUGGAACUUCAAGCAUACCUGUCAGAUUUACGUGACGUUGCCCUGACUGUCAAACAACUGCUUAUCGACAUGGAAGACAUGAUAAAAGCAAAAUCUAAAGAAAUCAGAGAGGAACAACAGAAAAGAUUUCGCAAAAACUAUGAGCUACAUAAAAUAAUGCUUUAUAAAAUAAAAAGUCUUCUCACUUUCAGAGUUCCCGUGUCGGGAAUUUCCAAUACUCUAUUAUAUCUUAUUGCAAAUGAAUUUGAAUGUGGGAUGACAAGUAUUGGUGAAUUCCAGAAUUACUAUAUGACACUUGUAUCUGAUGUUGUCGCACUAGACCUUUUAAAUGAAAGACUUGCAGAGAAGAGCCUUUAUAAUGAAACAUUAACAACUUGGAAAAAUGCAAUAACAUCUCUGUUUGAGGAUUUUGAAAAGCAGAAAGACACUUGCAAAGCGAAAUUCUUUGAAUUAGUUAAGAAAGAUUUCGAGAAAACAACUGAUCCUUUACAGAUGUUCGAAAGAAGCAAAACUAAAUAUUCCCAUAAAGCAAUCGAUGUUCUUUUUCUGAAGGGGGCUUAUUGUAUUUGGUAUCGGAAGAAAUAUGACAACAUCUUAAAAAGGAAACAAGACAAAACAAUGACCUUUGCAGUUAUAAAUUCCGAAGACAAUUUUGUUGCAGUACGUAACAAAGCACAGUAUUUGAAGGUAACAUUAAAAGCUAAAUUCGAUAAUUGCCUGGGAGACACUGACACAAUCCUUUCUUAUUUGGAUACUUUAGGAGACGAUUUGAUAUUAUGGCUUAUGUUUCCACAAGACAGAGCCGCCGAAUUUAAAAUUCUGCUUCACGAAAAUUCGACGGCGAUCAAGAUAAACUCUGCCAUAGAUGGUACCAACUACAUAACUGUCUUUUACGUGCGAGCUCUUGAAAAAGAUGCACAUUCUAAUUUCACUUCGACUGACUUCGAUACAGCCUUUUACGAAGAUUUACACGACGAAGAAGAAUCUGAUGGAAAUAAAAAAACGUACAAAUCCAUAUUAAUUAUAAUUGGCUCAAUCUGUUCAGCUCUUGCGAUCGCUUUUGCUUUCAUACGUUGGUUGCGAAAACGAUAUUUCAAAUAACACAUUCUAUUAUAAUUUAACUCUUAUUCUUAUAAGAUAACCAACCUGUAAAGAUCAAAGAUAUAUAGUUAUAACACAUUUUUACAAAGAAACACAAACAUAACUACAUAUACAUAUGACAAAAUGUUAAGUUGAAUGAGUCAUCGCACAAAACACUCGGACAUAGGAUAUCCAGCUACGAGUGACAUGUUACUAACAGUAAAGUCAAGUUUUUAUAGAAGAACUGGAAGAAAUAACGGGAUCUUUGGUAGGGUCAAGGGACAAGUAACAAACAAUACCCUUAUUAAGAUCAAUUCAUUCUUCAUUCAUAUUAUUUAUUAGAAUACGACGCAAUUGAACAAAUAAAAUACAAUUAAAUUCCUUGUCCUAUGGCAAGUACACAAAUUUAUUGUUACACCUCUCGUACCUGCGUAAUAAUUGAUUGUGGUAGCGUGGAGCAGAAGGAACGAUGGCACUGACCAAAGUCAAACCAACGAGAAAGAAUUCUAAAUGAUACAGUCUAUCUCAAGGCUAAUUAACGUUUCAACCACUUUUUUUGGUUAUAAUAUAAAAAACAACGAUUUCAUAAAAAUACUAGUAUAUUAGCAAAAUGAUAACGAAUUCUGACAAGACUGUAAGGUGAUCAAAGAGACUAUCCCCGACUAAGGACUAAAAUGGUCAUAAACAUCAAUGUCAAUCACAGAUAUGGAAUCAAAAAUUGCGGUUGAUGACGAAUUUUGCAACGAUCAUUUUGUCCCCCGAAACCGUUCCAGACGACAUUCUUCGAUAAAGGAUAUCCACCGGAAGUCGAUGUUUGCUGUCCCUUAUCAAACGCUUUCGUUAUGAACAACCGGAACAAUCCGAUUUCUGCCGAAGAUUCACGAUCAGAAGAGAUGAGAGUUGUCAAGUUACAUCUUCAGUAUAUAGAGUCGAUUCAUGAUUAUUUUCACAGACAGAAGCAAUUUGACGAGGUUGCAGAACAAUGGCAAAAUCUGGCAAAAGUUCUGGACAGAGUGUUUAUGAUUUUGUUUUAUUUUGUAUUUCAGUUCAGCACAACGGUAUUUAUGAUAGUGAAAGUGUCGGGGGACCACUGACUCUUAAACCAGUGUAAAAUUUAUGUACUUUUAUUGUGCAUUGUUUAAAGAUAUUCCGUGUGAGCAGUUCAUUAAA